ACGGGAUCGUUCAUCACACCAGCAGCUGCCGUCGGUGUCGCAAAUGAUUCCUCCGGUACCGCAGCCGCCGCCGCGGCCGACACUGCCUCCUCCGUCGAGUUUGGAGAUGCCGAGUUUACCGCCAAUAGCGAGUUUGUUGUCGAUGGGUGAUAACCGACCCCCACAACCCAGCGAACCAAGAAUAAGCCCAGCACUACCCCCCCCACCGCAUUUAUCCCCAACGUCACAUCCCC